AUGCGAUUUUCGUCCACCUGUCUCGCAGGACUGGCUUUCAGCCCACUAGCCCUUGCCUUCUGGCCGGCUUCCGACGUGUAUAAUACCGCGCAAUUACCUGAACAGCCAUAUAACAACGAUCAGCCCAACACCAAACUCGAGACUGUCUUCCAAUUCCCCAACAAUGGCUCAUGGAUCCACAACCUGGUUGUUCGAUCCGAUGGAAAUCUGCUCUUCACACGACUAGACACCCCUGAAGUUUGGCAUCUCAACACAACCAGUGGAAACGCGACUGUCGUGCACUCAUUCUCAAACGUGACUAGUUGCUUCGGAAUCAGUGAGAUCGCAGAUGAUGUCUUCGGAAUUGUUGUUGGAAACUUCUCCCCAACGACAUAUACGCCUACCGCUGGCUCCUUCUCUGUCCAGAAGCUGGAUUUCAACACCAAGAAAGCAGACAGCGAGGAGCGGACUUUGGAAGAGCACACCGUCUCGGAGAUCGCAGCAAUGCCCGAGGCUCUUGCCCCGAAUGGCAUCGCUACCUUCUCCCCAGAAUCAAACCUUGCUUUGAUCGCCGAUAGCGUCAAGGGUGUGGUAUGGAAGGUCGACAUCGAGACCGGCAACUAUUCGGUCGCAUUAAACGAUACCACCAUGUUGCCCGCGUCCAACAGCCCCCUGCCCCUCGGUAUCAACGCUGUCACCGUUCACGGUGAACACGUCUACUACACCAGUACAUCACGCAUGGAGUACUGUCGGGUCAAGGUGGACAAGGAUGCAAACCCGGUUGGCGAUUUCGAAAUCAUUGCCAGUGGUUUCUUGCCGGAUAACGUUGAGCUCACACAGGAUGGCACUGCGUACAUCCCGACAGACCCUCAGAAUGGAGUUGUCCGUAUCACCCCUCUCGGGCAGAUUGCGCUUGUCGCAGGUGGUCAGGUCUCCUUCGACCUGGCUGGUCCGACAUCGGCACGGUUGAGCAAAGACCGGAAAACUCUCUACGUUGGCACGAGUGGUGGUCAAAUCGCACCUGUCCUUGGUUCGUUCAAAGAGCCUGCGAAGAUUGCGAAAAUCACUCUGCAGUAG